AUGGGUCAAAUUCCAACCCUGGUCGUGUCUUCUGCAGAUUUAGCCAAACAAGUCCUGAAAACCCACGACAUAGAUUUCGCAAACAGAGGUCAAGGCGCGGCUGCCAGAAUUAUAUUCUAUGGAUGCAAGGACAUAUUCGCCUCAGACUACGGUGAAAACUGGAGACAGAAGAGGAAACUGUGUGCGCUUCAACUCUUGAGCUUGAAGAUGGUUCGAUCGUUUCAGUUCAUAGGGGAUGAUGAAAUCCAAGAUUUGAUCAGUAACAUAAGAGAAACCUACUGGAGAAGCAAUGGAAGUUGCUGCGUGAUCAUGAAGCACAAGGAAGCGAAGAAGGAUGAUGAUGAUGAGAGGAAAGACUUCGUCGAUAUUCUUCUCCAAACUGGUCAUCAACUUGACUUUGAGUUGGAUCAGGAUAGCUUCAAAGCUAUCCUAAUGGAUAUGUUCUUAGCAGGAAAUGACACAACUUCAACAACUAUGGAGUAG